AUGGACUCUAACGGCCGGCAUCGCACAUCCAUCCCGGGGUCGUCGACGUUCCGGCGCCUUCCGACCCUCACGCGCUCACCCUUUCGUCGCGCCGACAAGAGCGCAUCCUCGUCGCCAGACCCGUCUGUCGAAACGGUCACACGCACAUCGACGUUUCCCAGCCUCGCGCGGGUUGUCGUAGACGACUCUUCCUUGUCCUCGGCCCUCUUUGGAACCCCCAUCCCCGCCAUUGCAGAGGACCCAGGCUCACCCCAGCUCUCCUCCACGUCGUCUUCGGGUCUUCGCACAACCGGCACAUCCCCCGCCGUCGCGUCUCAGACAGACCUCGGCGCGCCCCAGUCCAUUCCUGCGCGUGCAUCCAGUCCAUCUGGCCUGUACCCGAUCCCCUCACCGGUGCCCUACAAGCCCACGCCGCCGCAGCCGAUUCCACACCUCCCGGCUAGUGCUGUCGCGCCUACCGCUCCCGGUUUUGGUCUCGAGCCCAUCACAUACCCCGCGCGUCUCGCCCAGACCACCCGCCCCGACGGGCCAGUUGCAUCCACGUCUCCCUCAAGUGUGGUUGGAAGCGCGUCGACAGGAACUUCCCCCGUCGGCGCAAGCAUCCCUUCCCCGUUACCCCCACCGUCCCAGGCGCCCGCCGUCCCCGUUCGCAGCGCCCACCGGUACCGCGACUUUACACUCGGAUCCAGCCCCGCCGCGCUGGCUUCCGCAAUGAACCUCGCAACAUCCAACCUGCCCAUGCCAUCCCCAGCUCCUACGCCAGCCAUUGGCGGCGCAUCAGCAACCCCAGCAGCCGGGGCCGUGUCCGGCGCGACUCCGGCCAUUGGUGGUCCCGUCGACCCGGCGCUGCUCGCAAGCAACAACACUGGCGGCUCGGCCCCAGCGCCGCCUCCCGUGCCGGCCGGGACGCGUCGAUCCAGCCAGUCUGGCGGCCGCAAGUCGAGUGUCUCCAACGCACGCCGCGACAAGGGCGACGCAGAAGACAGCACGGACGAAACUGGCAAGCGUCGUCCCACAAACGACAGCUCUGGGGGCGGCGCAAGUACAAGCGGCACCCGAGUGCGCCGCCCUCCCAAAGCCCGAGAGCGCGGCGACGCGACAGGCAACGCGGACGCCGACGCCGACGCCGUUCUCACACCGUUGCUGCCCUCUGCAAAGGUUCCCCGAGCGCCGGCAAGUGCCAUGUACUUUUCGCCCGUCGCAGCGCACGGACGCCCGCCAGCACAGGCUCUGCGCGCACACACUGGAACGCUCGUCGGCGACCGCAUAUGGUUCCUCGGUGGCGUGGAUGCGCGGAGCUGCUGGCGCGGCGUGGCCAGCUUUGACUCGGAGUCGUUGCAAUGGUCGACGGUCGAGACCCACGGCGAGGCCCUGCCGCCACUUCGUGCCCACACGACGACCCUUGUCGGCGAGCAACUGUACAUCUUUGGCGGCGGCGACGGCCCUACAUACUCCAACGACGUGUGGGUCUUUGACACUGUCACGCACCGCUUCUCGCGACCAACAAUCGCUACCCCGCCCAAGUCGCUGCCUCCACCACGUCGCGCACACACGACGGUCCUGUAUCGCAACUUUCUGGUCGUCUUUGGCGGCGGUAACGGCCAAGCAGCGUUGAACGAUGUCUGGGCUCUGGACGUGUCUGACCCUGCGCGCCUGACAUGGCACGAAUGGAGGACGCACGGCGACGUGCCUCAGAAAAAGGGCUACCACACGGCCAACCUCGUCGGCGACAAGAUGGUGGUGUUUGGCGGAAGCGACGGGCACGCAAGCUUUGCAGACGUGCAUGUGUUGGAUCUGAAAACCCUGACAUGGACACUGGUCAACACGGAGAUCAAGCACAACCGCCUGUCGCACACGGCAACCCAGGUGGGCUCGUAUCUGUUUGUGAUCGGCGGCCACAACGGCCAGACAUACGCGCAAGACGUCUUGCUCUUCAACCUGACGACGUUGGCGUGGGAGUCCAAGGCCCCGCACGGUGUGCCCCCGCCAGGACGAGGAUACCACGUUGCGGUCCUGCACGAUGCGCGCAUCUUCAUUUCAGGCGGCUACAACGGCGUCAAUGUGUUUGACGACCUGUGGGCACUGGACCUCGGUGCGGGGGCGUAUCUCCCUCAGGUAACAUCGUUUACAGUAGACGAGACUGCGGACCACCUGCGUGCUGCUCCCCAGGUGCCGGCCAAAAACGGUAACCGGAUCUAG